CACCUUGCAUCUCACCACUCAAAAAUGGCCGCAUUCCAGCGUCUCCUCCGGGCAUCGGCGGCCCCUACCCUCGCCAUUGGCGGUGUCAUGGCCGCAUCGGCCGCUACGACCGUCGCCCUCGCCGACGACGGUGCCGCUGCCGCUGCUCCGGCUUCGUCGUCCCUCGUCCACCCCGGACGGACAGCUCGCGGCGACAAGCUGCCCAUCUACUCGGCUGCCGACGAGGCCAAGCCUAUCGUCCUGAUCGAGACUGUCAACCCCUUGACUGAGCACAUUACGGCUGCUCGCGAGGCGACUGCCGGCGCGCUUGGCUCGGCUCGCGAUGUUGUCGAGAGCGGCGUGUCGUCCUGGAUUGGAUUUGAGCGCAAGGUCGAGGGCGAGGUCAAGCAGAUUGUGUCGCCCGACGAGUCAUUGACCCCCGGCUUGAUCUACGUUGCCGUUGCUGGUCUUACUGGCUCGGUCCUGACCCGCACCCGCGCCUUCCCCAUUCGCUUCCUCGCUCCCCCCGUGUUCGCCCUCGCCGCCCUCCCCUACUUCCUCCCAAAGACGGCGCACAACCUCCGCCAGUACGUCUCGGACGCCGAGGACAAGCACAUUCCCGAGUUUGCCGAGAAGCACGACCGCUUCAACAACGCUCUCGAGGUGCACUGGCAGCUUGCGCUUGACAAGCUCCGUGGCGCUGGCAACGAUGUCAACACAUGGAGCAACAAGGCUGUCGAGAGCGUCGAGUCGGCUACUGGCCUCAAGAUGGCCGAGGCCGUGCGCGUCGGCCAGGAGCGCGUCGAGGCUGCCACUGCCCGUGCCAAGCGCGAGGUAGAGCGCGCCGCCGAGAAGGCCAAGGACAAGGCCAACGAGACGGCCGCGUCCAUCUCGUCUGCGCGCGACACGGUCAAGGAGGCCGUCGCCGAGCCCGUCGAGCUCAAGACGCUCGCCAUCACCAUCGACAACCAGCCCGUGGCUGAGAUCGAGGUGCCCCUCCCUGCGCAGGUGACCGAGCAGCUCGCCGCGCUCAAGGAGGACAAGGCCGAGGUGGCCAAGGAGGAGAAGAAGGUAGAGGAGCCCGCAAAGCCCAAGGAUGAGGGCAAGCGCCUCGUUUAGACAUUUUGCCACAUACGACAUGUAUAACGGUGUGUAGCAGG